UUUUUUUCUUAUACGUUGUAGGGAAAUUAGGCGCGCUCAGAAUGGACAUUUCUAUCAAAUGCAUUUUUCUAUCUACUGUGUGCAUCUUCACAGCGGAGGCUAACGGAGGAUCUGGAUACAGCCCAUUAGAAGAUGAUGAAGAUGCUUAUGCAAAUGAAGCACGUUACGCUAAAUAUGAAGAUAUUCCCAGGUGCGCUCCUCUAAAGAUCAAAAAUGGUUAUGUCCAUUGCAGAACACCACACAGUGGAUAUUACAAAAAUGUACAAGGAACAACGUGUGAUAUUUCUUGCCAAAAAGGAUAUGAAAUUCAUGGAACUAGCCAUGUCCAUUGCCUAUCAAGCAGACGUUGGUCACAAACAGUUAGUUGCAGAGAAAUACGAUGCCCGAAGUUUUCAUUGCCUCUCCAUGGAGGUGCAAAGUGCUCUGAUGGAGCAUAUUUUAACUCGAGGUGUGAGUUUUACUGUACUCCUGGAUACCAAGUUAAAGGACAAAAAAGUGUGGUUUGCAUGCACAAUAAAAGGUGGAGUGGGAAGGAACCAUUUUGCCUUGCCAUGAACAUUAAUGUGGGUGUUACUACAGCAACAGCACUUCUGGAUCAGUUCUAUGAAAAGCGUCGUUUGCUGAUCAUAUCCACUCCUUCUGGUGCAAAUCACUACUAUAGAUUCCAGCUUGGAAUAAUUCAGCAAGCCAUAUGUGGUUUUGACUUGAGACACGUGACAGUCAUAGAACUGGUUGGUGUUUACCCCGUGCUCGUAGGGAGGAUAAGGGAAAAGUUCUUGUCACCGCCACUUGUUUUACAGCUGAGGUUACUGCUUCGGAUUUCACAGUCGAGUUUCAACAUGGUCCUUAUUGACAAGUAUGGUAUGGACAAAGAGCGCUAUCCUUUCCCAGUCACUGCUGCUGAGCUCUUCACAUUGAUUGAUACAUUUUCUCUACGAAAGAAAGAAAUCAAAUUGCAAAUUGAAAAUGGUCAGUCAUGCAAUUGAUUCCUAAAGUUCAGAAUGAUCCUCUGGUGGAAUUGCAAUUUACUAGGUGCAUUUUUAAACUAUAUACACAAAUAUUGAAAUGCUAUUAAUAUAUAAAAAGUACCAUAUCCUGGAACUUUUCUAUUUAGUUUGAUACCUUUUGCUACGUAUUGUUUUAUUAUUAUGAAUAUGUAAAGUAUUGUGCAUGAUGUAAUUUAUGCCGCUCUUUCAUUUAAAACUGUACAACAGGAGUCAUACAGCACGAAAGCAGACCCUUUGGUCCAAAUCAUCCCCACCAACCAUGUUUCCAAACUAAACUAGUCUCA